AUGGACGCGGCCCACCGAGCCGCCCUGCUCGCCGCCUCCUGCCUCCACACGCCGGUGGACCCCCGCACCAGGGCCCCGGUCGCGCUCUACGAGAGGGAGGGCGGAAGGCCCGCGCCGGGGGGCGGCGAGCGGCAGGUAGGCCGAAAGCGGGGGGAGGCCGGAGGCGGCGGGUGGGGGGGGGAAGGCUGCCCCCUGGUGGCCGCGGGAGGGAACGGCAGGAGGAGCCUUAAGGUCUAUUAUACACACUCGCACCCGUGCAAUCACCGCAAAGAAAGAAAAAUAAUAAUGAACAAUGUUCUCACCCAGUAAUUAGCAGGCUACUAUUUUGCCAAAGAGCAGGGAGGGGGAUUAGGCUAGAUGGAAGUUAAAUCUUCUUAUUGUUUUUGUUUAUUUAUUUAUUUCGCACAAUUUAUACACCGCUUGAUUGUUAAAAACCUCAGAGCUUUUUAGAAAAAGAUAAAACAAUAAAAUCGAGAAAAAUUCACAACCAUCGUUUAAAACCUGCAGAAGUUAAAAUACUGAAACAGAUUAAAAUUACCUGAACUUUCUAAGCACCUGGGUAGGCUUGUCUAAACAAAUUUUUUAAUCUAUUUUUUAAGCUUAAAAAGGUAAACGUAAGCUUGCUAGUCACUUUUUACCCAGAAGAUCGCCAAGUGACUUACAGCCAUGGACACAAUGCCGUAAGAGAAGGGAAAAUAUUGGGCCAUGGGGAAUUAUACAUCAAUACAUCGUCUAAUGUAACAUGUAUGAAAAAAUAAAAGCAACACAACCACCAUGUAAAUAACUAGGAGAAAUCAGCAACCAAAGCUUUUCCAGCUGUGUUUGCAAUGAUUGGAAAUCACAAAUGCUAGCAGCUAAGAAAAACAGUUGUUAAACCAAAUAUGCUUAAUAAGAAAGAAAGAGAAACACUGAAAGAUUGACAACUCCUCUCAAAAUCACCCAUGCUUGUGCCUUGAAUGACUGCCGGAUUGGCACACAUUUAACCAGCAGUGUUUGUAUUAGCACAAUGAAAACUCUGCGAGUGAAACAUGUGCCUCUUGUGCACUUUUGCUUUAAACAGAGGUGGCAGUUCUUUCUGAUGUUGGGAGUAACCACGACAUUUUUUAUAUGCUGGGCUGAAAAUGCUGACAGUCGGAUAUUGCUUUAGGUCCAGUUUUGUUCUGUAUGAGUGGAAGUGGUACCUUGCCAGGCUGUGCUAAGGUCUGCCUUUCCUCUCUGGCAAUCAGGAGAGUGCAUAUUGUAAAGUCUGUGUGUCUUUGUGUAUGAUGGAUUAGGCUCUAUGACACAUGGGUCGUCUUCCUGCCUCCCCUCUUUUCUGCUGCCAGUCAUGUCACUGGGCUGUCACUUAGAACAAGAAAGGUGGCAGACUGAAAACCUGCUGUUUAAUGAGUAGUAGUGUUCUAAGAAUAAAAGCUUGCACUUUUAAAUUUGUCAACUGCAAAGGUAAUAACACUGCAAGUUUUGAAACAUUCUAAAUUCUUUAACUUGCAUGCUUUUUUAACAAUCAAGUGGUAUAUAAAUUGUAUGAAAUAAAGGAAAACCGAUGGAAUCAAUUCUAAAUGGUUUUACUUCUCUUAUUGCAUUUUGAUUGAAGACAUUAGCAUAGGUAAUGUUUCUGAGAAUUUGCAAGUCUCAAAUACUAUAGGAACCAGAUGGUAUUUGUAUACGAAGCCUACACAAAUCUCUUAAUGAGCUUUACAUCAAAGGAGUCAUAAUGAGUUUACGUGCAGCUAACCAGAAAGGUACAUAGUGUUGUAGUAUAGCUGUUGCUGAAAUGCAAUUAUUCAUUUGAAAUUAGAAAUAAAAAUGGAUUUAAAUGUUUAUUACAGUUGAGCAACUUUGGCUACAGGAUGAUGUCAUGCCGAUUGGACCCUACUUUUACCAUGUCUCAGCAGUUUUCAGUGCUGAGAGACGCCAAGUUCCACAGUUUGUGGCACCUACCACUUGACCAAAUUAUUAGCAUUUUAUACUUAUUUCUCCAAGGGGAAUGAAAUCAUUAUAAUAAUAUUCUGUUUUAGGAUAGUUUGAGUCCUGAGAGACAGCAGCGUUCUACUGGACAUGCCGAUUGCAGAGACUGGAUAGACCUCUCCAAAAUGUACCUUUCGAAUCAAGAAUAUUAUUUAAAGCUGGAAGAGCUUAAGUACGCUCACCUGGAGACCAUGGCAAAAUUGGAAAACAUGUAUCGGAAUAAACUGUAUCUAAAAGAUGUUCAACCUUUAACAAAUGUGAAUGUGACCCACAGUAUGAAUGAUAGGUAUGGUUUAUAAUCUAUUUUUGUAGUAUUAUUUCUCUGAAGAUGUUAAAUAUUGUAGUUACAGGCAGCAACCCUUUUAGGGGUUGACACGUGAUUGCUGACACGCAGGUCUUUUGGACCUGGAAGAGGGCAGAACAGGGGGGACAGGGCAUAAUGGGGUGGGGUGUGCUUAUGUGUGCUCUGCUGACACACGCAGGGGCCAGGAACGGAGCCCCUGCAUGAAAUAGUUGCUGCCUGUAUAUUAUGGAGGAAUCUGCAUGCUGAUAAUCUCACCAAAACAGUGUUUUAUAUACUAUAUGCCAACAGCUUAAUUUUUUUAAACUGCCGAAGAACCUUCAGUUCUAGAUUUUUGUAUCUGGCCACACUUGUCUCCCUGCAGGUAACUCAGAAAGAACAGCUGAAGAAGGAAGAAAACUGAGUAUUGUGUGUGUGUGUGUUUCUUGCCUUGAUUUGUUUGAAAAUAUCCUUAAUUGUAGGAUAAACUCCUUAAUCCUACUGAAAACGUCAGAAUGGGUUCAACUGUUGUGGUGUACAAUAGGUUAUAUAUAGAUAUAGCUGUUGGAAGGUAAUUAUUUAACUUUCAGAGUUACCGAGUGUGUAACACUGCUAAUUGCUUAACUAUGCUUAAGCAAUUGGGAGUGCAGGGUUGCAUCCACUUUCUUCCCCACUCGAUCCUUUUGGACUGGAGUGUAAAUUCUUCCUAGAGAUUUAGCACCAAUUAAUUAUUACAUUGGAUGGUGGCUUUAGCUGCUGCUAAGACUAACCAGGCUUCCUGCUUACAUCAGAAUCUGAAGCCAUAGCUUAGGACAGUAAUACUGAAAUGGGACUGAAAUGAAAUUUUGGGAACAUAGUAUGCGGCUUUAAUACCAACUCAGUCCAUUGACUCAUCUAGCCCCAUAUUGCCUCACUGACUGGGAGCAGCUCUCCAGAGUUUCCAGUUGGCCUCUUUCCCAGCAACACCUGAAAAUUCCAAGGAUUGAACCUGGGACAUUCUGCAUGCAAAGCAGAGGCUCUGCUAAUGAGCUGUGGCCUGUCUCCCUAUUCAUAGUAACAAAGUACUUUUGCAUAGGGUUUUCCAAAGGUUUUAGAACACUGCAGAUACUCCUUAGGAAGCGCCUUCUAAAAUUAAUUUUUAGUUUUGCUAAUAGGAAUACUUCUUAUUUUUACUUCUAUUCUCUGUCUUACAGGAGACCAGUGAUGUGAGUUCUGAUUGCAGACAUAAAGCUAACAUCCAGCCUAUAGUUGCUUGGUCCUAACACAAAUAUUUCACUAAACUGUACAUUUUAUCAUAAGGAACAAAUUCAGUUUGGGGAGAGCUCUUUUUCAGGCUUCUGGUAACAAAGGCGCAGAGAUGGGACACAACCAGUAUAGCCCAACCUUCUAUACUGGUGGGAUUCUUUAGACUUGAAAUGCUCCUCCAUUCUGUUAUUCAUCAAAGCAGUCUGGUUAUAUUUUGCUGCUUGCAGAAAACUAACCUUCACAUUUUUAUUUCCUUUUAGAUCUUGGGAGCCAAGCCCUUUUCAACCUCAGAAUAUGUGUAAAUCAUUUUCUGAGCCUGAUUUGAACAAUUCUUUUCAUUCAGAUUUAUCUCAUAUAUCUGAUAAAGAAAUAGAGUUAGAAGAAAAUGACAGUGAAAACAGAUCACUAACAUUUGGUAAGGAGCAUGCUGAAAAUUCAUGGGAUGGGUCAUCUUUGGAGGACUAUUCUCACUGCAACCAAAGUAUUUUAUCCAAAUUACAGACUUUGAGGAAGAGCAGGAGGAAGAAAAAAAAGUGGUCCCCAAAGAUCACAAUACCUGA